AUGGCACCCGCACCCUCGUCAUCGCGAGGCGGACAGGCGAGGAGGCCGGGCGACUUUGACGACCAGGCUUGGGGCAUCGAAUCCGACGACGACGACUUUGUCACGCAGAUUGCACCUCGAACCAACGUUCCUCGAAGCCUCAAAGCUUCAUCCCGUUCCUCUUCCUACUCUUCCACAAAUCAACAGCGACAGCAGCAUCAGCCGAACGACCCGACACGACCGCAACAGGAUCGCAGCCAUGCUUCGUCCUCCUCGCUCCAUAGCACCUCGUCGGCUCAGACCUCGACCACGUCCGCGAUGCCUGUCGCGCGCGGCGGGUCUCGCACUCGGCGUACCAGUUGGACCGUGAUCGACAAGCAGCACGGAGGCUCAGGCUCGCUCGACCAGACCCCGAUCGCAGGCAGCCCGCCCACAGAUCUGGCGGAUGCGAUGGCAGUGGGUCUCGAUCUCGAUCGUAGCAACAUCGGCGGCGGUACUGCUGCUGGCUUCCAGCUCGUAGACGAUGAUCCCAAGCUGGCGAGCGGUAGCGAAACCGAGAACGUGGACCUCGACACGGGCAAGACGGUUCGCCGUCGACGUUUGCCCGGCACCGCGAACAAGCCGAGCUCUGGUACGAGCGAAGCAGAGACACUUCGCCGGUCGCUUCGCAGCGACCUGGAUCACCUUGUGCGAGAUCCCUCCCACGCCUUGACACGCCUCGCUGCGCGGUGGUCCUCGUCUCCGCACCGCUCCAGCCCUUCUACCGACCAAGCUUCAGAUUCCGCCCGACCGCUCACGACCACCAGCCGGCUCGGCGUCGCGCCAACGCCAACAAAGCAGGACUUCACCUUUGAUCCCAUCGCUGCAGCCGGCGACGGCCUCAUCAUGACCGGUCCGAGCUUCGCCGACGCGGCCGCAGCCAACGACGCAUCGACCGCUUCUGCAUCGUUCGCGGACAGCGCAGACGUCAGCUUUAGCAACGACGGGUACGACAGCACAGACGAAACGCAGAACGGGAGCGGCAGCAAAGGGAGCGUCUCGCGCAAACGCAGUGUGCGCUCUUCGCGACGUCGGCAACAGCUGCUCAGCUGUCUGUCCAAGCAGAGCGUCGACAUUGCUGUGCUUCGCACACUUGCUUGGGCCGGUGUCCCCGACGAGCUGCGACCCAUGGUCUGGCAGCUGCUGCUCGGCUACCUUCCCGCAGUAGCAUCCGUCCGUGCGUCGACAUUGUCGCGCAAACGUGCCGAGUACGCCGCCGGUGUCGAGCUCGCCUUUGCCAAGGGCAUCGCAGCGCUCGACCAAGCCAUCUGGCACCAGAUCCACAUCGACGUCCCUCGCACCAACCCGGGCAUCCGUCUAUGGCAGCGCCAAGCAACACAACGCUCCCUCGAACGCAUCUUGUACGUUUGGGCGAUUCGACACCCAGCUAGCGGCUACGUACAAGGCAUCAACGACCUUGCGACGCCCUUCUUCGAGGUGUUUUUGAGCUCCUACAUCGACUCGGACCCCGAGAUGUUUGAUGUCGGCUUGCUGCCUGCCAACGUGCUCGAGGCAAUUGAAGCCGACACGUUCUGGUGCCUCUCGAAACUUCUGGAUGGCAUUCAGGACAACUACAUCUUUGCACAGCCGGGCAUUCAGCGGCAGGUGCGUCGUCUGGGCGAGCUCGUAGCGCGUAUCGAUGCGCCUCUGCAUGCACAUUUGCAGGAGCAGGGCGUCGAGUACAUGCAGUUCGCUUUUCGAUGGAUGAACUGCUUGUUGAUGCGCGAGAUGAGCGUACGCAACAUCAUCCGCAUGUGGGACACCUAUCUGGCGGAAGGCCCUGACGCAUUCUCCGAUUUCCAUCUCUACGUAUGCUCCGUGUUCUUGCACAAAUGGACGGACAAGCUGCGCACAAUGGACUUUCAAGGGAUCAUCAUGUUCCUACAGUCGUUGCCUACGCAAACUUGGUCGGACAAGGAUGCAGAGAUGCUCCUCAGCGAGGCUUUUAUGUACAAGACGCUGUUUGGUAACACGGCGCACCUGAACAAGUGA